AUGGCUGAAACGCACACUCCGUAUUAUUCCUUGAAGAAACUGUUAUCUUUCUUCAACGGUGUUAUGGCUGGAAGCAGGAGGGAUGUAGGGCAGACUGACAAGGAGAAGGAUGCACUGGGAACAGGCGUGGCCUCCAUCGACCCAGAGCUGCUGAAAUCAAGCAGAAGAUGUUUCUCGGUCAUGCUCAUCAUUCUCAUCGUGGAAAUCACUGUCGCCGCAGUGGUCCUUGCCUUCUUCCCGAUUUUAAGAGAUGUGGACUUGGAGCACAAAUUUGUGACCCUGAGAAUUAGAGGUUACAAUGAGCCGGAUGACUAUUCCCUGGAAUGGAAUUUGGUCAUGGAGAAGCUAAAGUGCUGUGACAUGAAGGACUACACAGAUUUUCCAUCCUUCGAAAGGAUGACUGGCCACACCUACCCCAGGGGCUGCUAUAAAUCCAUCGGGACCGUGGCCUGUGAUGGGCACAACGUGUCUUCAGAUGUCAUCCACCAGGAGGGCUGUUUCCCUAAGCUCCUGAAAAUAACCAAGACUCAGAGCAUCAACCUGAGUGGAGGCUCUCUGGGGGCAGCAGUGAUACAGAAAGCAUGA